UGGGCGUGAGGCGGCCCCGGUGUCCCUUCUGGAGUUGGCGCCCGGCGUUGGCGGCCUGAGUCGGCGGGGAGGAGCUGGAGGGAGCUGCGCGUGUGGCUCCGGGCCAGGCGAGGUGGCCGGAGAGUGAUGAGCUCCCGGAAAGUGCUGGCCUUGCAGGCCCGGAGGCGCCGCCCCAAGCACCCCGCAGCUCCCGGCAGGAAGGAGAAGCACCCACCGCAUCACAAAAAGCCAGAGCCUCAACAAAAAGUUCCCUCUGCACCGCCUCCUCCUCCUCCUCCUCCUCCUUCUCCUCCACCAUUGCCGGAACCGACACAGCCAGAACCAGAGGAAGAAAUUCUGGGCUCUGAUGAUGAAGAGCAAGAAGAUCCUGCAGAUUAUUGCAAAGGUGGCUACCAUCCAGUGAAAAUUGGAGAUCUUUUCAAUGGUCGAUAUCACGUUAUCAGAAAAUUAGGAUGGGGUCACUUCUCUACCGUCUGGCUAUGCUGGGACAUGCAGGGGAAACGGUUUGUCGCCAUGAAAGUUGUAAAAAGUGCUCAGCAUUAUACGGAGACAGCCUUGGAUGAAAUAAAAUUGCUGAAAUGUGUUCGUGAAAGUGAUCCUAGCGAUCCAAAUAAAGACAUGGUGGUCCAAUUAAUUGAUGACUUUAAAAUUUCCGGCAUGAAUGGCAUACAUGUCUGUAUGGUUUUUGAAGUACUUGGACAUCACCUUUUAAAAUGGAUAAUUAAGUCCAGCUAUCAGGGCCUUCCAAUCCAUUGUGUGAAAAGUAUAAUACGGCAGGUAUUGCAGGGUUUAGAUUACCUUCACAGCAAAUGUAAGAUCAUUCAUACGGAUAUCAAACCAGAAAACAUCUUGAUGUGUGUAGAUGACACCUACGUGCGGAGAAUGGCGGCGGAAGCAACCGAGUGGCAGAAAGCAGGGGCGCCUCCUCCCUCUGGCUCAGCAGUGAGUACUGCCCCGCAACAAAAGCCUAUUGGAAAGAUAUCUAAAAAUAAAAAGAAGAAACUAAAAAAAAAGCAAAAGAGGCAGGCUGAGCUCCUAGAAAAGCGCUUGCAGGAAAUUGAAGAACUGGAAAGGGAAGCUGAAAGGAAAAAAACGGAAGAAAACGUCACCUCGACUGUACCAUCCAACGAACAAGAAGAUGGGUACCAUCCGGAAGUUAAACUAAAAAGUGUAGAAUUAGAAGAAGUGGCAGACGAAGAACCUGGGAAUGAAGAUGGAGAAACAGAAGACCAAGAUGAGAAAGAAGACACGGAAAAAGAAAACACCGAGAAAGAUGACGACCUGGAGCAAGAAUUAGCCAAUUCAGAAUCCGCUGAUCCCGCUUGGAUAGAAUCUCCCAAAACCAACGGCCACAUUAUCGACGGUCUUUUCUCCCUGGAAGAACAGAUCGAGGAGGAAGAGGAAGAGGAGGAGGAAUGCCCCAACGCCGAGCAAUAUAACCUCGACGAGCCAAACACCAAAAGCGAGUACAGUUACGGUAGCUCUUACGAACAAUUUAACGGCGAAUUGCUGAACGGACGUCAUAACAUUCCAGAAUCACAAUAUGAUGAAUUUUCAGCUUCAGUGUUUCCCGGAGCUUUAGAUUCUGUCGCUUGUGGUUCAGUGGUUUCUGAAGAAUCGACGGUAACCGAAAGAGAAGAAAGCACUCCAUCCCACGACAGGAGCAGGACGGUUUCGGCUUCCAGUACGGGAGACUUGCCAAAAACAAAAACUCGGGCUGCUGAUUUGCUGGUGAAUCCGUUAGAUCCAAGAAACGCCGAUAAAAUUAGAGUUAAAAUUGCCGAUCUGGGAAAUGCUUGUUGGGUGCAUAAACAUUUUACAGAAGAUAUCCAGACCCGACAGUACAGAUCGAUUGAAGUUUUAAUAGGGGCAGGUUACAGUACACCGGCUGAUAUCUGGAGUACAGCAUGUAUGGCCUUUGAAUUGGCAACUGGAGACUAUCUCUUCGAGCCACAUUCUGGUGAAGAUUAUUCCAGAGAUGAGGACCACAUAGCUCACAUCAUAGAGCUCCUAGGCAAUAUUCCAAGGCACUUUGCUCUCUCUGGAAAGUAUUCUCGGGAAUUCUUCAAUCGCAGAGAUCACAUAGCAUUGAUCAUUGAACUGCUGGGAAAAAUCCCUCGAAAAUACGCAGUGUUGGGAAAAUAUUCCAAGGAGUUUUUCACCAAAAAAGGAGAACUCCGGCACAUCACCAAGCUGAAACCCUGGAGCCUCUUUGAUGUUCUCGUGGAGAAAUACGGCUGGCCUCAGGAAGACGCGGCGGAGUUUACCGAUUUCCUGAUCCCCAUGUUAGAAAUGGUUCCGGAAAAACGAGCCUCCGCUGGUGAAUGCCUUCGGCACCCUUGGCUGAAUUCGUAGCAGGAGCCUUGGAUCAAAACCCCAUCGGGCCAGCCCUCCCUUUCUCCACGCAUCAAACCUAAAAAAAAACCACGGUGACUUGUCAUAAAAUGCUCUUUUAACAGGAUGGCUUCAAUCCCAGUCCUUUAUUUUUUACUUUGGAGGUACUGUUCUGACUUUUUUUUUUUUUUGCUUUUUCGUGCACUGUGUUCUGGGGAGGAGGAGAAAGGAGGAAGGAGUGUCGUUUUUGUCUUCAACUAGUAGUUCUACUGACUGUCUCCAAACAUACCCCCCCCCCCCAAACUUACUCUGUGUCUUUUAAAGCAUUGUUUCUUGUGUUGUGUGGAAUCCAAACAUUGACCUUUUUGGAAGCACAUCUCCUCCAUUCUCUUCCCUUUACUGUGUUUCAGGCAGGUUUGUAACUAUUUAUGGAAACUAUUUUAGCUGAAUAUUAUAUAAUUUACAAGUGUGAGACGUUUAUUGAGUCCGAAUUCGGAAAAUGUACAAUUCUUAUCUUCAAGCAAAAGGGACCUUGUUCUUUGUAAAAUAGCGUUAUGUAAAUGCACCCUGUAAAUGUUUAUUUCCAUUUAAAACUAAAACAAAGAAACAAAAACGGGGAUGCGGCACAAGUUGCAGAGUUAAAGCUAUUCAAUUGAAAGUGACUUUAGUAUACCAAUUGCAUGUGGUGGGUUUUGCUUUAGGGAGUUACGUAAACGUCCCUUUUCGGUAGCUGAUAAUUGGAUUUCGAAAGAAAAGUGACUCUUGAUUUCUAAAAUUUCUCACUCUCUCCAAGAGGCACUUUAAAGGAAGUCUGAAGUGUACGAAAAAUAUAUAUAUGUGUGUGUAUAUAUAUAUAUAUAUAUAUAUAUUUGAGUGACUUUAAUAAGAUGUCAUUUGCUUUCCAGUUGUGAGGUGAUGGCAUAGCAAGAGCAAACUGCUUUUUUUUCCUGUAAGGCUGAAGAAUUUAAAGAAAAUCUUGGAAGCAUUUUUUGUGCAGAACUGUGGAUGAUUAAAAAAAAAAAGGCAGUCCUUUUAAAGGAGGAAAAAGAAAGAAAGAAGCAGAAACGAUACAAACCUUACAUGAAAAAAUGAAAAGAUCAUGCACCUUCCAUUCAUAGCUUUACCUGUUUCAGAAACAAAUUGCACUAGCUUAUUUUUUUUUCCUCCCCCAUAAUCGACAUAUUGAGGAAGUAAUCUUCCUUUUGUAAGUUGCACACAAAAAGGUUAGGUGUUUUUUUGUAUUAAAAGAAGAAAAA